GUCACGAUGAGCGGUAGCGGGAGGAAGCUCAAUCCGCUCGAGCAGAAGCUGCAUCAGGCCGCUCUAGCAGACCCCAAGAAGACGAUCACCCAGAAAGAGUGCGAUGCUCUCGUACCGGAUCCCUCAGCGCGACUUGCCGCGACCAACUUCUUGCUGGGCACAGGACUAUGGAAAGCUCUGCGAGACUCGUCCGGGGCUUUGACAUACCGCGUCGUGACGAAGAAAGAGCUUGAGGUCAAGAAGGAUAUGAGCGGGGAGGAGGGGAUGAUCCUGAGCUAUAUCCAGGCUUCCGGGAACGAGGGGAUCUGGACGAAGCACCUCAAAGCGAAGACGGAGCUGCAUCAGACGGUCAUCGACCGUUGCCUCAAGUCCCUCGUCCAGAAGCAGCUCAUCAAGGCGGUGAAAUCAGUCCAGGUGGGGUACCCGACACGGAAGAUAUACAUGCUCUACCACCUCGAACCGUCUGUCGAGAUGACCGGCGGGCCGUGGUAUACGGACAACGAGCUCGACACCGAGUUCAUCAAGCUCCUCUGCAGCGCGUGCCUGCGCUUCAUUCGCGAUAGGAGCACUCCAAAACCGAAGGGAGCCGACCCCUCCAGCUCGUCCGCGAACCAGCCGUUGCACCCGAUCUCUGCCGCCCCGGCGUAUCCGACCGCGCAGCAGGUGCUGACGUUCCUGAGCAAGAGCCGGAUCACGGAAACGCAGCUCGCGACGGAGCACGUGGAGAAGCUCUUGAACGUGCUCAUCCUCGACGGCGAGAUCGAGCGCAUACCUGCGUUUGGCGCCGCAAUGUGGGAUGCAUCGGAGAGCAACAACGCUGCUGACGCAUCGGGGAGCGAGGACGAGGAUGAGGAUGGCGGCCGUCGUGAUAAGAAGGACAAAAGGAAGAAAAGGAAGCGCCGCGACGAGGAGUCGCCGAGGCGCGACCGCAAACGGAGCAAAAGGAGCCGAUCUGAGUCUGAGUCGGACGCAGAGUCGGACAGCCAGGAGAGCGAGGACGAGCGGGAGCGGCGGCGGAAGAAAGACAAGGGGCGCAAGAAGAGCAAGAGUCGCGCAGCGAGCAACGACGACGAGAGCGACGAGGCGAGCGAGCGGGAGACCCGGCGGCGCAAGAAGAAGCGGUCGCGGGAGACCAGUGAGGGCGAGGACGUCGAGAUGAGCGACGCGGAGCGCAAGUCCAAGUCGAGCGGCAAGAGCAAGAAGCGCAAGAAGAGCAGGCGCUACGAGUCCGAGUCUGAGUCGUCCGACUCGGGCAGCGACUCGGACGGCGGCCGCCGCGCGCACUCGCGCUCCAAGUCCAGGUCGAGCACGCACUCGAAGCGAAAGCGGUCCGCGUCGCCCGAGGACGUGACGGCGUCGCUGCUGGGCCAGGACUACGGCGCGUACGUCUAUCGUGCGGUGCGCCAGGAGCGGGCGGGGGGCGGGGGCGGGGGCUUGGCGCAGACGCCGUGCGUGCGCUGUCCGGUCUUCGAGUUCUGCAAGGACGGAGGGCCGGUAAACCCCCGGGAAUGCGAGUACUAUGGGAACUGGCUUGUGGCUGCGGACGUUGCGAUCGGGUGAACGUGAUGGUGUUGAGUUGCGCUUAGACAAGAAAUUGCUCGUGCGUGGUUAAUUGAGUAGACAACAACGCUUGUAAUAAAUCGAGUGCUCGUCAUGUUGUUGGUGCCAGGAUCUUCAGAACAUAAAAUUCG